CAGCGGGCCAAUCAUUGCGAAUGAAAUAGAUCAUAACGCCGCUCUCGGGAGCACAGGCACGUCUGAGCGACAAGAUGGCCCGCGAUGGGAAGGCAAAAGCUCAGGCGGCGGAGCGUCAGGAGGUCGAAAUGGACGUCAAAAUCCACUAUGCGCUCAACAAUGCCUCGCACUCCAUGGCAGUACGGCUCAGCAGACGCGUCUCAAUCCCCAUCUAUGGGCUAGCUGGAUCGCGCGGAUUGCCUACACGACAGGAGAAGCAGGAGCCCAUCUUUGGGAAAGUGCCGCUCAAGCUAUGUCUGAAAGCGAUUUGCGCAGCAGACCCCAAGAUGUAUCCUUCUGACACUACCGAUUAUGUCGUCAAAGCACUCAAGGCGGCAGAUACCAUGCGUCAGCAGCAGCAGCAGCAACACGAGGCAAUUUUAUCUUCAUCGCCGCCAGCUGCUAGUCGAAAUAGCACGUCCAACCCCGCUCUGCUCUCCCCCCAAUCGAUCACCCGCACAGCCGGCAGCUUGCUUGCUCUCGUGCGCAGCCCUUCCAAGCCGGGCCCUGUGCGACUAAGUCGUCAAGCUGUUAGCUCGUCAGACUCUCCUGCCAGAGCAGGUGGAAAACAUGUGGAGAGUGCAGGGGGCGCAAAGGGCAUUUUUGAUGCGUGCGGCUACCUCGGCUGUGCGCUCGAAGACCCUGAUGCACGAGUUGUCGUUGGAGGGACCGCAUUCAAGCCUAAGAUGGUGACUGGGAUGUGCAGGCAGAUUACUUCAUUCGAUUCUGAGGACGAAGAUGACAGCAACGAAGACAACAACGACUGGCAGGAGGAUGGGACUGAUGACGAUGACAAAGAGCAUGACAGCAAUUCCGAGGACGACGCGGACGAAGAGUAUCAAUCACCCUCAGGUGACGUGUUUGCGUCCGCUUCUGAUGUGUCUGGAGAUGAUCUAAGUCGGUCAGCAUCAUCAAGUCAGAACCAACGCUUGAAUUUACGGACAGGGUCACUUCAGCAGCGCCCAAAGCAGUCCAUCCCACACAUCCAGAAACAGGUCCAACGACAAUGCAGAUACGAGCGACAACAGCAAUCACGUCGCUGGGUUCUAGAAGUUGUGCUGCGCAUGGAGCCUGAAGAGCUGGAUGGCAUGCGUAUGCAAGCUCGCGCAGAAGGUGUGCGUGAGCGUAGAGAGGCACAAGCUGUGCUUGAGGCCAAUCGUGCGCACAAAGCGGCCAAAGCUGGCACCAAGUCGAGGAGUUCGAGCAUCGGUGCUGGUAGGGGUAAGAGGUCAAGCUCGCCGAUGCCGGUGGAAGCGGAAAGGGGGGAGUCAAACAGAGCGAGCAAGAGGCAGCGGCUGCUACACCGCCAGCAGACGGAGCCAACUGCCCAAGAGCAGGCUGAGGAUCCGCUAAUGGCGAAAUCUGGGUCACAUCGUCGUCGCGUACGUGAUGUAAAGCAUGGCCAGCGCUCACGCAGCCUUUCCCCGUGUGAGCAAGCUCAGCAGCAACUUCCGAGGCAGCGUAGUCGAUCUCCAUGCGUAUCGAUCGAUUGCGGGGACAUCAAGCAGUUCGGAAGCUUUGACUUGCCUGGCAGCAGGCCUUCACCUCAAACGCAUGGCGCCUACCUUAGCACGACCGCUUCCACUUUAACGUUGGGCAGCCUUGCUAGUCAGCAAGUGCAAGGGACGGAGAUGGAUGAGGACACCAACGAGGAUGUGCAGAGCAUUAGCAGCGGGCAUAGUCAGGCGAGCAGCAGCGCUGGCGUAGUCAGUGCCAUGCCUCCUCCGGCUGUACCCAUGCCAUCGCCCUUGCGUCUUUCCCAGUCCUCUUCAUCGUCGCAUUUGCAGCCUGCAGGCUCACAGCAGCGACGUAGAAGUGCAUCCAAGUCGCCGCUCGGCAUUGAAUCAAUACAACAACAUGGCCAUCCACUACAACAGCACUCACCAGAGGAUCACGAUGCGCACGAGGCAGCACGAAACAGCGAGGCAUCGGCAAGCAAGCCGAGCCCUGGCCAACCUCCAAUGGUGCAGGUUCUCCACCUGCUCAACGCUCUUCAAUCUACAGCAUCGUCCCAAAAUUCAGGUGGCAAUGAAGAGUCGCGCCAGCAAGCUCGCACUUUGCUGCAGCAGCUUCGCCAGAGCGGCAUCUUGCAGCUUUUAGGCGACGGUGGCAGCUCGAAAUGUAUUGCCUCGCAAACAGUCAGUACAGCCUCACCUGUGGGUGUUGCAGCGGGACCCUCACCAGCCUUGCAUGCAUCUGCACCUGUUGUACAGCCCUCACCAAUCUAUAUAUCGCCUCGGACACAAGCUCAAUAUGUCUCUCCAAAGGCACCGACGACCCAGAUACCACCACCUGCAAAACCUGCUUCUGCGUCAACUUCUGAUCUUGAUUCAGCUUCAACCUCUGCUACUACUGCCACGCAGGCAUCGCCAGCUGUGAGGGUUGCGCUCAUGCCCGCCCCGGAACUUUCCGCACCCAAAGCCGUGUACCACUGUUACCACUGCGGACGCGAGGACCCGGGCACGAAUGCAUUCUGGCGCAAAGUCGAGAUCGCAGACGCAGAUUGGUCGCGACUACCGCCUAGUCUGAUCGUCAAAUACCCGGCUGCCGUCAAGCCUGGCGAAACACCACCGUCUGGUAUCAAAGUAUUUGUCGCUUGCAAGGAAUGCGGUCCGGCAUACAAUGCUUGGAAGGAAGAGAUGAAGAAGAAGGAAGAUGAAGGUGAUGCUUGUCUCCCAAGAGCAUCUUCGCCCGUUGCACUCGCUGCAACCGCUCCAGUUAUGCCUCCGCCCCCGUCUCGAGCUCUGCUCGAUCCCUCUCGCGCUUUCAAUAUUGAAGCACCUCACGUACCAGAGCCCAGAGGCGGAUAUGAGCCAUCUCGAAAGCCCGAUAGCUAUGCGUAUGGUGUCGAUGCCACCAAUGCUCGCAAGAAAGCGCACUUCUCCAAUCCGCAGACAUCUCCUUUCGCGAGCAGCACUAAUACCCCCUUCGAAUACAGCCGCAAUAUGACACAGUCAAGCCCCGCGCGCUCGCAUCAGAAGCGUCUCAACCUGACCAACUCCAGCGAUGCAACCGCGCGCAAUCAACUCUUUAAUGAUGAAGGGAUGGACUAUGGCGGGGAGAACAAUCUGCCGCUGAAUGCCACGCCGGGUACCAUCCUGGCUGGUCUUCAGACGUGGACACCUCUUCGCCGCAGUCCACGAAAGCAACCCGUCGGCACCCAAAGCAAUGUCAAUCCAUACGCUAGCUUGACUGCUGGAGAUGGUAGUCCCACCUUGUCACAGCGGGCCAAGGUCGCAUCGAUGCCAAAAACCUCCGAUAGCUCGCCUUCAUUACCAAACCAAAGCACUGGCACUCGUCAGCUCCGAAUCAGCCCACGUCAACCUUCGCUAACUUCGCCCGAAGGCCAGACACCAGCUCGUCUGCAGAAAGCCCUGACCAAUUGGUCUGACUCAGAUGAAGAGGAUGCGCAUGCUGCCGAGGAUGAUGAACCUGAUGCCUCUCCCAGCCCUGCUCGUCGCAAAGCGAGUCAUAUGCACUUCCAGCCAUCUUCCGAAAUGGCAGCGUCAAACGCUCAGCUGACGAAAGGUCCACGUCAACGCCUGGCGUCCAAGCCGGUCGGGCCAUUCAUGGGCCGAUCACCGUCCAUCGGGGCGGAGGGACUGCUGGGUCAGAGCCGGAUCCACAAGGGCUUGCGGCAUGUCGUAUCUAGCCCUUCGAAAGGUCACGACGAUCGAGAUAUGGACGUGAGCAAGCUCUUCUCUGCAACACAAGAAAUGUCGGCAUCAUCCCCGAUUAACCUUGAUCUGUCUUGGAUGAACGACGUGCCCGCCGAGUCCACCAACCAGGCAAGCCCAAGCAAGUUCCUCGCCAGCCUUGGCAUCCAUUCGCAGACCAAGAGCGCACCUGUUGGGGCUAAAGCGGCGAGCACAUCGAAUCAAGGUAGCGCAGGCUUGCCAGCGGUGUCAGUACCGGAUCAAGCUCUAGCAGCUCGUCGCCCACUGCCCGCGACAGUAGAAGACGCGUCUUCUUCCGUCGCCAGCUCACCUCCAGACGGUGGUCCCACGCCCGAGGGUCUUUUCAACCAACUCUUUGACGAGUUUGGUCUGUUACCUGCCUCUGGUAUUGGAAUCCCAGGAUCGAACUUUGAUCCGAGCAACAUCAACAACAUUGAGACCUAUGGGUCCUUCGACUUUGGCCAGCAGUUCACCGACUUUAUGCAGCACAACACCCCGGGCUUUGCGGCUCACGUGCCACCGAAACAGCAGCAACCCGCUGUCGUUAUGCAAGGCCCCAGCUUCGUUGGGGAGCAGCAUCAGACGCACGUACGAGCUUCAAGCCAGCAGCCAUUGCAGCAGGAUGUGCAACAUGCGCAGACACAGGCACCCGCGCGGACGAAAUGGCCGAUCGUUCCAGCAGCUGAAGGAGGCAAACCGUCUGAGCCUUGGAAUGGCUCGAAGCAGACGCUCAAAGGGCAGGGGAGCUCGGUCGCAAAAGGCAAAGCUAGGAAGAGUGGAUCGCGGAGCAGGCUGCAGGCUGCAUUGUCGAAGCUUCCGCAAGAAUUGCAGCAGCAAGCGAAUAGCCUGGUCUCGGCGGGAAAGCCUUCGCAACCACAACCGCCUCCCCCACCGCCAAAGCGGCAGACGAAAAGCAACCUGCCAAAUGCUGAUGUCACGACACGUUUGCUUAAUUUGCUGCAAGAUCCUCAGAUGCAGGCGGCCAUCUUGUCCUCAGCGGAGCGAUAGGUUGAAUAUAAUAUAGCGCAAUGAAUUUACC